AACAAAAUUGAACAAGUCGGCAAAGUUAAAUUUCUUGAGUUUUUAAGAAAAAAUAAAGCAAAUACUAUUUCUAAUAACAAAAAAAGUGUAAAUAUUGUUUUUAUAUUAAAAAUAAAGUGUUAAAUUUUAUAUAUUUAUUAAAAAACCUUGAAAAUAAAAAGUUAAAUAGCGAAAAUAUUAAUUGAAAUGCAAAAUUUUAAAUAUCUUAGUAUAAAUACUUAUUGUCGAGCAUUAGCAACUACUUUGCGUUAUUUUCAUAAUAAAUCUGAUGCCAUAGUAAUAGCUGCUGCCGCUCGCACACCAUGGGGUAAAUAUCAGGGUCAAUUGGCUGCCGCCUCCGGUUUGCAAUUGGGCCAACUGGCUGCGGAGGCGGCCGUUAAACAAUCUGCAGUACCUUUGGAACUUGUACAUGAAAUCUAUAUGAAUGAAAGACCUCCACUGCAACUGGGUGUUGGGCAAGAAUUUGUUUUUAGUAGUUUCCUCAAGAAAACUAAAUAUACGGGCCUAAGUAUAGGCGAACAAGAUGAACCUCAAGUGGAUAGUUUACUUAAGGCUUUUGAUUCCUUAAAAUCGCAAGAAUGUGCAGCAGUAGUUAUGGGAGGUCUGCAAUCUGCUACACACCAGGAAUCCUUGAUAAACCAAAACCAGGCAAUGUCGCAGAAGGAGCAACUGUUUCCAGAAGUCUCAUCGGAAGUAAUAGAAAACUAUAUAUCAAAAAGUGUCAUGCGCUUUCUAAAAUCCCAAGCGGAAGGUAUAUUUGAAGCUGAAAUAGUACCUCUAGCAUUACAGCAGCAAGCCGGCAAGAGAAGAGUUAUAAGAGAAAUAAUCCAGGAUGAAAUUUUUCCCGAAAACUGUAGAGAAGACAAUAAAACCUUUCAGUAUAGCGAUGGUGCAGCAGCCUUAGUACUAACCACAUUAGCUAAAGCUCAAAAAUUGGAUUUAUCUCCUCUAGCUGUUAUAACAGACUUUCAAUAUAAACACAACACCUCCAAUAUUCUCUCUGGUGGACGUGAAUGUGUGGAAAAACUUUUUGCUAAAACUUCUCUCAAACCUCAGGACAUAAAACACUGGGAAAUCGAAGACUCUAUACCUCAAAUGGUGGUUUAUCUAAAACAUCAUUUUGACUUAAAUUUCGACUUGAUAAAUCCUCAUGGUGGUUCUUUAAUAUUGGGACACUCUGCUGCUGCCUCUCUAACACGUUUACUUACCCAUCUUACUCAUUCUUUGGAACCUUCUGAAUAUGGUUGUAUGGUAUCUGCUAGUUCUCGGGAUUCUCUAACUCUCAUCAUACAAAAAUUGCCCUCGUUUUCUCCUGCUGAAAACUUACCUCUUAUCACCUUAUUUACCAAAGACCCUUGUCCUUUGUGUGAUAUUUUACUUGAAGAAUUGGAAUUUAAUUUCGCUGGUGAAUAUGAAUUGGAAAAGAUUUUCAUAGAUACCAAAGAAAAUCUACGUUUUUUACGUUUAUAUCGUCUAGAUAUACCCGUUGUUUUUCUUAAUAAACAAUUCCUGUGCAUGCAUCGUUUAAAUCAUAGAUUAUUAAGAAAAAAAUUAGAUUUAUUUAAAAAUAACUUAAAAUAAAUGUUUGUUAAAUCAGA